AAAGAGCAUACAUGUAUCAUUUCGUCACAAACGGAUAACGAGGGAUUUUACACAGUUUGUACAUAUCAGGGCUUGUGAUUUCUGUGUAAUAGUAUUAACAUUUUAACUUAUUAAUACUAUAAUACGUGAUCCCAUAGCCUAUCAGAAGGUUUAAUCACAAUCUUAAACCCCAAGACUCCUUCAUAAGUAAAUAUAAUUCAAACACACAUUUGGACGAUAUGAAACAAAAUUUAAUCACGCAUGCCCGAGAUAAAACGAUGCCUUCGCUAGACAUGUCUUUUUAAACUUUUUGAAGUUUUGACCCUUUUAUUCUCGGUGAGAUUUGACAUGCUGACUUCGAUGUUUUUGUCGUAACGGGGUGCAGGUUUAAGAAUUAUGCUCAUGUCACAUGCGUGACUUUAUAUAGAAAACUGAUUUAUAAUAUCGUCAGAGGAUUGAACGCCUCGUGGGACCACUACUGCACAUAGAAAUAGGAAAGAAAUACUUUAUCUUUACGUGUGAUAUUUUAAAAUAAGAAAAUAUUGAUACUGGAUUUUACGCAUUCCUUGGAGUCACUGAUAACACGGGACACGAGACUAAAUGACUGCGACAGCCAAAAGGCGACACUUGAUCUAGGGGCGUAAAUCAACACCCGCUGCAGCAGCAUGGACAGGUCCGUUUGGAAACUGUUGGCCCUGUUUACAAUCCUAUUAAAGUUUUCGUUUGCACAGCGAUCUUGGACGGAAUGGUCAUCCUGUACUGCGACUUGUGGCCCAGGGGUUCAACACCGAUACCUGCACUGCUUACCAAAUACCAAUCAUUGUUAUGGAAAUCAAAAACAGUAUAAAGUGUGCAAUAUAAAGGCGUGCCAGGGUAAAAAUCACGAUUACCGAUCAACAGAAUGCCGGAAGCACAACUCCAAAAAAUACAGAGGAAGACUCUUUCAAUGGGAAAAGUUCAUUCUUCCCUCUCGCCGGUGUUCGUUGGUGUGCAGAGCUGCGUACUAUGGAUUUUAUGCUACAUUUAGUGGACAAGUUAGAGAUGGCACACUGUGUGAUGACAAGUCAACAGACCGAGUCUGCAUACUGGGGAAAUGUGUUACAGUGGGUUGUGAUGGGAUUGUGGGAUCUGGUGCAGUGGUGGACCGGUGCGGUGUCUGUGCUGGCAAGAACCGUGAUUGUCAGACAAUCUCGGGGAUCUACACUCGGGCCUCGUUACCUUUUGGGUAUACCCUUAUCACUCGCAUUCCAGAGGGUGCAUGCAGCAUCAACAUCACAGAGCUCGGAACCAGCAGAAACUACCUAGCAUUGAGACUGCAGAAUGGUAGUUACAUCACGAAUGGCCACCACCGCUUGAGUAGAGUGGGGGACUACACAGCAGCAGGAACGACCUUCACCUACAGGAAGAGAGAAGGAACGGGGUGUCCAGGCGAGUGUGUGAGUGCAAAGGGUCCGGUCAAUCAGACCAUUGAUGUACAGUUGCUGUACUAUCGAAAGAGUCCUGGUAUCUUGUACCAGUUCACAAUUCCAAAACACAUGACUAAGGCAGCCAUGGAGGCAAUCAUUCCAAGACUGAAAAUAGAGAACCAGUUUAACCAAGAUGUUGAACAACCAGUGGCAGAUAGCAGUGGGCAACCAGUUUACGAGACUGGAUAUGAAAAUAUCCCCACUGGUAGUGGGGGCUAUCCCCUCCCCAAAGGCUACAGGCCAAAGAUCAUUCCAAACAGAAGGACUUCAGCACAGUCCCCACCACGAUACAUUCCAUUUACUGGAGGCAAACCAGAGCUGCAGAGUUUGACCAUAAAUGGCCGUGGCCAAGCAAGAAAUCUCACUGAAUCCCAGUACAGACUGUAUUCAUCGUACUAUGGACCACACAAUUCAAACCAAGCUGUGUCCGGAGAUUAUGGCAGGCGGUAUGCGACCUACCCCAGAAGUGAGGCACAGAGAAACUCCAUUAGGCAGGGUAAUUCAUUGCGGUACAACAGUGUUGUGGAUAAUACCCUGCCUCGUCUCUCUGCUCAGAACAUUCCAGAUGCUUCUAAUUAUGAGUGGAGGAUCAUUGGAUUCACAGAGUGUUCUUUGACCUGUGGAAGAGGAGUACAACAGACUAAGGUGGUGUGUGUAAAUAAAGAUCAGAAUCUGAUUGUGACUGAUGACAACUGCGUUCCAAACGAUCGCCCUGCCUCACAGACUGUUGAAUGCAACACCAGAAUCUGCCCGCCAGGGUGGGACAUCGGAAACUGGUCUGACUGCAGUGUUUCUUGUGGGCGGGGCAUGCACACACGCCCUGUUGUCUGUGCCCAGAGGGUUUCGUCCACCUCCAGAAUCGAUUUACAGCCCAGUAGAUGCCCCUCCCCCAGGCCCGAGUCCUCCAGGACUUGUAUGAACAGACAGUGCGCAGAGUGGAAAAUCGGAAAGUGGGAAAAGUGUUCCAGUGUGUGUGGUAAGGGACAAAGAAAACGUCUGGUGGUGUGCCACAGCAUAGAGGGCCAGAAUGUCACAGACAACCAGUGUGAGGGACGCAAGCCACUGGACACCCAGAUCUGUGAUAUGGGGUCCUGUGCUCAGGGCUGGUUCCACAGCCAGUGGUCCAGAAAGUGCUUCCCGUCCUGUGGACAAGGACAUCGCAGUAGGACUGUUUACUGCUCCACUCCUGAUGGAGCUGAGGUGUCAGAGGCCAAGUGUCAGGCAAGGAAACCCAAGAAAAGAAAAUCAUGUCGCAACAAACGGCCAUGUGGAGGAUAUUGGUUUGCUGGCCCAUGGUCCGAGUGCACAUCUACCUGUGGGUCUGGGGUUCAAGAGAGGUAUGUGAUCUGUGUGAAGAAGCUUGAUAAGAAGUUGUUUACAAUUGUUGGCAAGGAGAACUGUCGGGGGAGGGACAAACCUGAAACCAAAAGGGCCUGUGGAGAACUGCCCCCUUGUCAGCCAGAAUGGUUCAUGACACCUUGGUCAAAGUGUUCUGCAAGUUGUGGAACUGGUACCAAGACACGUGAGAUCCGCUGUAUGGAUGCAGAUAUAGCCCCCAGCUCUACCUGCUCAGUAGACAAAAAACCUAGUCAACAAAACAUCUGUAACACUCAGCCCUGCCCAGACGAAAGCAUCCAGCAAGAUCCCAGUUGUAAGGAUUUGUACAAGUUCUGCAGACUUGCUGGGCCAGCCAGACUGUGCUCUUAUCCGUUUUAUCAAGAAAAGUGUUGCUCCUCCUGCCAGGCAUAUCAACACAGAAAAACAAAACAAAAACCAUAAAACUCUGAACAUAGUUAUUUACUCAUAAAUUUCAUGCUUCAAAGUACAUUAGGGUAACCUGUUAAAGAUCUGAAAGAUCGUGCAGUCUUGUUUGCGAAGGAUCGAACAGAAUUGUCCGAGAAAGCAAUAGGAGGGAUGCGAGUAAUAUUACGAGGACUGAUAAUCUCAUACAAACGUCUACACCUAUAUGGCAUAGUGUUCUACAAUCAGUGACAAAUUGUAGAAAUUGUAUUCUAGAAAAUGGCAAGAAUAGUGCUAAACUUGUUUUAUAUUCUUAAUGUAUUGUUUAUUUGAAUGCAAGUGCAGAGCAUGAGGGAAGCCAUAUUUCGACAAGUUUGUAUGAGUAGAAUUUGAAGUAUGUGUGACCUUAUUUAUGUUUUGUAUAUCAAUGUUUUUUUAAGUAUUAUUAUAUAUAUUUAUACUAAUUAUUGUCGCAGCAGCUUGAAUUUGUAAAUCCACAAUCAAGAACAUUUAAUAUGAAGACGAUUUUACAUUGUUGUAAUUUGCUAUUCUCCAGACCAAAGCAUUGUACAUGUAUUAAUAAAUGUAAUGUGAAA